GUAAAAACGAAAGUAUUUCCAUCUAACUCCAUAAGUUGCGAUUUGAAACUGUUAAGUGGUUACCCGCUACAGUCCACCAAACACUGAAGUUUAGAAGCGUAAAACAGAAUUUCCCCGAUUGGUUUAUUACGACAAAUUUAUCCAUCGAGCCUGUCCAUAUUGUCAACAAUAUCCUAUCAGGCGAUUGGUUAUUCAAAAUUUAACCAAUCAGACUACAUAACGGAUAAUGACCUUGGAAAAUAAGGUUUGAACAAGUUGAUGGGCGUUGUCAUUAUACGUGUAAUGGAUUGUGGAGAAGAGACAUCAGGCCUUGUUGUAAUAGGUGCCGGUCUAGGUCGCACUGGUACCAACAGUCUGAAAAUUGCUUUAGAAUUACUUUACAAAAAACCUUGUUAUCAUCUGAAGGAAAUAUACUUACAUCAGCAUUCACAUAUCACGAAAUGGAUGGAACUUGAUCGAAAAUUAAAAGAAUCGUCAAAUAAAAAGCUUGAUAAAGCUCUGUGUCAAAAAAUUUUCAAAGGAUAUACGGCUGCCAUUGAUCAUCCUUCAUGUGCUUACUACAAGGAAUUAUUAGAACUUUAUCCUAACGCGAAAGUUAUUUUAACUGUUCGAGAUCCGGAAAUAUGGCUGGCUGGUUGUCGUUCUACUAUAUUACCUAGAGAUAUAGAUCAACCAAAAUCAUGGUCAUUUCAAUUGUUAAGACAAUGUAUUGGUUUAAAACAAUUUCAUGAAUUAUUUCUUAUGAAUUGUCGACGUGUAUUUGGUGAGAAUAUGGAUUUUACUAAUGAUACAGCAAUGUUAACUGGUUUCAUCAAUUGGAAUCAAAAUGUUAUCAAAACUGUACCAGCGGAUCGUUUAUUAAAAUUUGAUAUUAGUCAAGGUUGGGAACCAUUAUGUGAAUUUCUUAAUUUACCAAUACCAAAUUGUCCAUUUCCACAUGUGAAUGAAUAUAACGAAUUAAGACGUUUAUUAAAAUUGGAAAAACGUGUACUGAAAUUUUUACAAUGGAUUUUACCAAUGUUCAUAUUAUUUUUUAUAGCUUAUAUGUUUUGUAAAUUUCUAUUGUAA